AUGAGUCCUCACAUUCUCCUCCAAAUCGGCUCCGAUCUGUACAACACGACCUUUGUAGAUGUAGAUGGCAGGACAGCAUUUACACUGUGCGUAAUUUAUCGUAUUCCAAACAAGCUCGUUCGACUUCGUCGAGAAGCUCCGUGGGCCCUGCAGCAUCGUGACAUCAUGGGUCCAAGUGAUGCCUAUUUCUAUCUUGGGCCGUCGGAAUUUCCAGGAUACAUCGUGUACGGCAAUACACCUCAGCAGCCCAUGAUGUCGGUCUUACAGAGGAAGCGUGCUUCGAGCACAUCACGCUAUUUUAAAUCACAAGGCGGAAAAGAAUUCAAAUGGAAGCUCUUUCCCGGCCAUAUGGAGUGCAUCCACCGCAAAACUGUGAUGGCUGUCUAUCAGCCGAACGAGGUAUCUCCGGUGUUCGAGCGGAAUGGCAUCUCAUCCAUGCAUUAUGCCAAUCUCACCAUAAAUCGCGCUGGCCUACCAGUUGUGACCGAGAUUCUUACGGCGCUCUUGCUUAUCCGGAUAGCAAAUUCCUUAGGGUGGUAA